AUGUGGCUGGCAGUGCUAGCAGCGGUGCUAGCAGUAGCGCUCUACCUCUAUCUAGACACAUUGAAGCCUAGGAAAUUCCCACCGGGCCCGAAAUGGUCUCCUAUCCUUGGCUGCGCGGCAGAAGUCUACAAAUUGCGAGAAAAAACCGGUUACCUUUACAAAGCGGCAAAGGAAUUAUCAAUAAGAUACUGCAAUGACGGCCCACUGUUGGGCCUCCGGAUUGGAAAGGAUCGGAUAGUGAUGGUAAAUAGCCUAGAAGCUAAUAAAGAAAUGCUUUUCAAUGAAGAUAUAGAUGGAAGACCUAAAGGCAUUUUUUAUCAGACGAGGACCUGGGGUCAGAGGCGUGGUCUCCUUCUGACAGACGGAGAGCUGUGGAAGGAGCAGAGAAGGUUCCUCAUAAAGCAUCUCAAGGAAUUCGGGUUUGGAAGAACUGGAAUGGGGGAGACGGCGAAGUCAGAGGCGGGCCACAUGGUUGAUGAUGUCACGAAGAUCAUAGGAAAUAAUAGCUCUACAGUAAUUCAAAUGCAUAAUUUCUUCAACGUCUACAUCCUUAACACGCUUUGGACUAUGAUGGCAGGAAUCAGAUAUAACCCAAUAGACCCGCAAAUGAAAAUCCUACAGACAUUGUUAUUUGACCUUUUCGCAGCAGUUGACAUGGUGGGAACAGUCUUCAGCCACUUUCCGAUCCUCAGCAUCGUUGCUCCCACCCUCUCAGGGUAUAGAGACUUUAUCAAAACGCAUGAGAGGAUUUGGAAGUUCCUGCGAGAUGAGAUCGGUAGACAUAAAGACCGUUUCGACUCUCAGAAAGAAGAUAAAGAUUUCAUGGAUGUCUACAUUAGGGUUUUGAGGGAAACUGGAGAAGUGGACUCUUACUCUGAGGGUCAGCUGGUGGCGAUGUGCAUGGACAUGUUCAUGGCGGGUACUGAGACAACCAGCAAGAGCAUGAGCUUCUGCUUCAGCUAUCUGGUGAGGGAGCAGGAGGUCCAGAGGAAGGCGCAGGAAGAGAUCGAUACGGUGGUCGGUAGACAAAGAGCACCGAGUUUAAACGAUCGUCCUAGUAUGCCGUACAAUGAAGCGAUAGUUCACGAGUGUGUGCGGCACUUCAUGGGUAGGACCUUCGGAGUGCCUCAUCGAGCCCUCAGGGGGACCACACUCGCCGGCUACCAUAUACCUACGGACACCAUGGUGGUGAGCAACUUCACCAACAUUCUCAUGGAUGAAGAGUACUAUCCUGAUCCGUACUCCUUCAGGCCUGAACGGUUCUUGGCAGAUGGUAAGAUCUGCCUGCCCGACCACUACUUCCCGUUCGGCCUGGCCAAGCACAGGUGUAUGGGCGACAUUCUGGCUAAGUGUAAUAUAUUCGUCUUCACAACUACUAUGCUGCAGAGAUUUUCGUUUUUACCAGCUCCUGAAGAACCAAUGCCUUCCCUGGAGCACGUGGAUGGAGCCACUCCCUCAGCAGCUCCAUUUAAAGCUCUUGUUGUGCCGAGAACUUCGGAAUAAUGGCUUCUGAGUGCCUCCUAGAGAUUUUAGUAUUUAAAUUAUCUCAUAAAAAUAAAAUUUAAUAUAAUUGUGGUUUGUUCAUUUGUUUUAUCAUGUAAAGUAUUUGGAUGCAGAUGUACUAAGAGAUUGAGAAGUGACAGAGAGAUAAAAUGGCCUUACAGUCCAUACACAAAGAAAUUGGCUACCAUACAGAGCAACAAAAAGGAGACAGGUAUAUGAUGCACAGGCACUUCAUAUCUUUCUAAAGACUUGUAAAUUUUGUGACAGUGUUGGUAUAGAUGAAACACACACGGGGGAAAGUGAGAGCCUACCCCUAAGGAGAUAAAGGCGUUAUUUGUGUGUAUUCGUAUAAAUAGUCAACUGAGAAAUUGUGACUGAAAAUUUAGCACUUUACUGAGCUAGUGUCCCCAAGACAAGGAUAUUUAUGGAUGUUAAGUCAAUACCCAGAAAUUAGAUCCUCCAAUGUCUUUCAAACACAAUGCACCAGUGCUUUCACAGGACUGAUUGGUAAAAAUUAUUUACUUGGUCGUACCUACCCAGUCUGGCAGUCAUAGAAGAUACCGACCGCAUUUCGGCUGCUUCCUUCGUAUUCCUUUCUUCUUUUAAUACUAAGUAAGCGAUGCGUUGAUCCUUUUUAUCUGGUUUUUCAAAUGAAUAAAAUUUAUUGAGGCUUUAAGUAUUAUUAAAAUGUAUAAAAUUGUGCAUUAGAUUUAGCUAUUAAGAUAUAUGUAUUUUUUAUCAUUUUAAAUUAAUGAUUUGUUUCUGGGUCAAUUAUUUGAUGUAAGGGAAAAUGUUACUAUUGUUGUACUUAA